ACGGAAUAUCUGGCCGGGGAAGGGAGGUUCAAAAGCAGAUGAGGGAGCCUGAGUGCGGGGUGGCUAAGUGGAUAACCAGAACCUACAACUCCCAGUGUUCAGAGCGUCUGCAUCGCGCUCCCUUCUGGGGUUUGUAGUAUCGGAGCUGAGUCUAACGCGUCCAGCCUGAGGGCAGCCUUGAAAAGAGUCAGGCUCGUUAGUUCUUUUCCCUGUCUUCCUCGUCGAUUUCGGAUCUAAAUCGAUAGUGAGAAACGUACAAGAAUUAAGGGGAGUGGCUGCUCUCAAGACGGUGCUUUACUUUCGAUGUUUGCUAAAUCUCGGAAUAGGCCGUCGAUGUGUACGGGCUGGGCGCCCGUGGGAAGGCAACCUCGUGGCGUGGUCUGAGGGAACCCGAGGAAGCCUGCCCUCCGCCGCGCUUUUGGAGCUGCUUGGUUGUCAGUCAGCGCGUACAUUUUUUUUUGUGGAGAAGUCUCGCGCGUCCUUUCCGCCAUGGCACAACUCCAGGCACGUUUCUACACCGAGAACAAGAAAUAUGCAAUAGAUGAUGUUCCUUUCUCAAUCCCUGCUGCCUCUGAAGUUGCUGACCUUAGUAACAUCAUCAAUAAAUUGCUGGACACCAAAAAUGAGCUCCACAAACAUGUCGAGUUUGAUUUCCUUAUCAGGGGCCAGUUUCUUCGCAUGCCCUUGGUCAAACACAUGGAACUGGAAAACAUUUCAUCGGAAGAGGUUGUGGAACUAGAAUACGUGGAAAAAUACACGGCACCCCAGCCAGAGCAAUGCAUGUUCCAUGAUGACUGGAUAAGCUCAAUUGAAGGGGCAGAAGAAUGGAUCCUGUCUGGUUCUUAUGAUAAGACUUCUCGGAUCUGGUCCUUGGAAGGAAAGUCAAUAAUGACAAUUGUGGGACAUACAGAUGUUGUGAAAGAUGUGGCUUGGGUGAAAAAAGACAAUUUAUCCUGCUUAUUACUGAGUGCUUCAAUGGAUCAGACUAUUCUCUUAUGGGAAUGGAAUGUGGAGAAGAACAAAGUGAAAGCCCUACACUGCUGCAGAGGUCAUGCUGGGAGUGUGGAUUCUAUAGCAGUCAAUAGCUCCGGAACUAAAUUUUGCAGUGGCUCCUGGGAUAAGAUGCUAAAGAUCUGGUCUACAGUCCCUACAGAUGAAGAAGAUGAAAUGGAAGAAUCCACAAAUCGGCCAAGAAAGAAGCAGAAAACAGAGCAAUUGGGACUAACCAGGACUCCCUUGGUGACCCUCUCUGGCCACACAGAAGCAAUUUCCUCAGUACUUUGGUCAGAUGUUGAAGAAAUCUGCAGUGCAUCUUGGGAUCACACAAUUAGAAUAUGGGAUGCUGAGUCUGGUGGUCUUAAGUCAACUUUGACAGGAAAUAAAGUGUUUAAUUGUAUUUCCUAUUCUCCCCUUUGUAAACGUUUGGCAUCUGGAAGCACAGACAGGCAUAUUAGACUCUGGGAUCCCCGAACUAAAGAUGGUUCUUUGGUGUCGCUGUCCCUCACCUCACAUACAGGCUGGGUUACAUCAGUGAAGUGGUCUCCUACCCAUGAACAGCAGCUGAUUUCAGGCUCUUUAGAUAACAUUGUCAAGCUGUGGGAUACAAGAAGUUCUAAGGCUCCUCUCUAUGAUCUAGCUGCUCAUGAAGAUAAAGUUCUAACUGUGGACUGGACAGACACAGGGCUACUUCUGAGUGGAGGAGCAGACAACAAAUUAUAUUCCUACAGAUACUCACCUACUACUUCCCAUGUAGGGGCUUGAAAAUGAAUGAUUGAUCAAAGACUUUCUUGUUGGGUUUUGUUUUGUUUUUUAUUUAGUGUCUUACUAUUGUGUCAUAAACAGUGUGAAUGAAAUUGUAGAGAGCUGGGGAUAUAGCUCAGUUGGGAGAGGGCUUGCCUAAAAUGUGCAAAACCCUGAGUACUAUCUCCAGCACCUCUAAAGAAAGUCAUUGUGGUGCUACAUCCCUGUAAUCCCAGGACCUGGGAGGUUAUCGAAAGAAAAUCAGAAGUUCAAGGUCAUCCCCCAAAGGUAGCUGGGAUUACAUGGACUGUCUCAAAUCAAAAAGAAAGAAGUUAGUGGCUAAUUCUCCACUACCAUUGUCAAUGCAGAGACAGGAAGCAGCCCUCUAAUGUGUGUAUAAUGAUUCAUCUUUCAUAAUAGCUGCAUUUUACUAUUGUUGUCUUUCCUGUUUAUAUAAGACAAUAAAUAUGGGGCCUGAACUCUCUACCCUAUGCAGGCUCCAAAAACUUGA